AUGUCCAACACGACCUUGGAAAAUGCCAAUAAGGUGGUCUCUUGGAUCAAGUCAAAUCAUGGAUACUGGAAUUCUGACGUUUUAGAGAUCAAAGAAUCCAAAGUUGGUGGGAUCGGUGUCUUUGCUAAAAAGGAUUUAGACCCAACUCUUACUCCAGAAUUACUUUUGAGACUUCCUAAAGAAUCUAUUUUAUCUGCUGAGAAAUCAUCUAUCGCCAACUUGAUAUUAGAAGAAGAAAUAGAAGGUGCACUAGCUUUAAUAAUUGCCUUCAUUUAUGAAAAACACUAUGGUAAUGAUUCCCCAUGGUUUGAAUACAUCAAUACUAUCCAUUAUAAGGAUUCCAAAGGAGAUUUAAUCCUACCACCAAGUUUAUGGACAAAGAAGGAGAAACUAUUAUUCAAAGGUUCAGAAUUAGAAAUAAUGGGUGCUUUAGAUGAUGAGGAAAACAAAUCAGCUUAUGAAAAUGCUUGCACUUUUGCAUUAAAUCAACAUGAAAUUUCAUCAGCAAUCCCCAUCCCAUGGGAAUUAGAUAUUGAAGGUAAAGAUGAUGAUGAAGUCUUGAUAAAAUAUAAAAACUUCAUAGCUAUAUCUCAUGCCAUUGCUUCAAGGGAUUUUGAAAUAGAUGCAUUCCAUCAAGUUGCAUUAGUCCCAGGUGCUGAUUUAUUCAACCAUACUAAUAAACCAACAGUUAGAUUCGAAAGUGUUUUUGAUGUUUGUGGAAUGUGUGGAUCAAGUGCUCCUUGUGAUCAUAUGCAAGAAAGUGAUGAAGAACAAGAUGAUUCUGGAAGUGAAGACGGCGAGAACUCUGGUGAUGAAGAAAUGGUAGAAGAAGAUGAUGAUGAGCAAGGCACAGAUGAACAGGAGGAUGAAAACGAAUCAGAUGAAAAUGAAUCAGAUGAAGAUAAUUACGAUGGGCCUAUCGAUGAAGCUUUCAUUUCAAAAAUUGAAGAGUCUUUACAAAGAGAAAAAGAUGAAGAGGAAGCUGACCAUUCUGAUGAGGAUGAAGAAGGAUCAAACCAACAGAUAAUAUUAGAAGGCGAAGGUGGUGGGAAAAUUCUUCCUGAUGAUUGUUGUGAUAUAGUGCUAACCAAAAAGGUAUCCAAAGGUGAUGAACUCUUCAAUACCUAUGGUGAUUUUAACAACUCUAUUCUUUUAUCAAAAUAUGGGUUUGUCAUCCCAGGAAAUAUAGACGAAGAAGUUGGAUUAGGUAUACAAUUUUUGAAAAUCAAAAAGGCAAAUAAGAAAUUGUAUGCAAAACAUUUUGAAUGGUGGGAAGCUCAAGGUUAUGAAAUGGUUAGAGAAAUGUUUCACAAGAAGAAGAAUGAUUCUCAUCAUGGAUGUGAAGACGAUAACUGUGAUGAUGAUCACUGUGAUGAUGGCUGUCAAGAUGGUUGCUGUGACGGAGAAGGUGAAGAUGAUGUUGAAGAUAUCCCAAACUGGACUUUGGAAGUCACAAUCGGUGCAUCUGGUGAACCACUUCCUUUAACUUAUGCCCUAGUUAAACUCUUGUCACUGAACAAAUUGGAGUUAACCAAAUUCUUGAAAACUCCAGAGAAAGUAAAUCUUCAAUUAUUGACCACUAGUAGCUCAAAAGCUUACAAAAUAUUGAAGGAACUUGUAGAGUUAAGACUUGAUCAAUAUGAAGGUGCUAUCAAAUAUGACAAAUAUUUGAAAUCCAAAAACUCAAGAGAAAGACUUGCUGCCCAACUAGUGAUACACGAGCAAAACAUCUUGAAGAAAUCGUUACAAUACAUAUCUAAAAAAAUAUAG